AUGAUGACAUGGAUGAUUAUUGAUUAUAUUGAUGGUUUAAGUAGUAUUGACGAUGAUUCCAUUACAAAUUAUUUAUUAAUUAUCAAGGAUGAAAAUGUCUUAGUGCAGAGUAGUGCUAGGAAUCCGCACGAUUUUGACGAUGUCGACAAUUAUUAUGACACAUUCGAAAAUUUAACACCAAACUUUACAAACAAUAAAUUAAAUUACACAGACGAUAAAUUAACAGAGUUAAAUGAUGGUAAAUAUGAGUCGAAUGACGGUAAUAAGGUAAAUUUUAACCCUUUGAAAGGGUUUAAAAGGUUAAUUUUAAAUCGAGCUGAAUCUCAAGACUCGAUUAACUUUUUACUAAAAACUCAAGAAGAAAUUUUCUUCGAAAAGUGUAUUAAUUAUUUGAAACUGCUCAAAAAGGAGCGGAAACUGAUUAAAUCAGAGCAGAAACAGCUUAAAAGAGAAAAUAAAAAGGAGAAAUUAACAAAUUCUAACACUUUUGAACAGGGUUCUAAACAAGUAAAUUCACUUGUAGGAUCUGAAUUCUGGUCCGACUACUAUAAAUCAUUAAAAAACGCUUUCAAUCAACAGAAACAACAAUUGGGUCACUUAAUAUCAGAGGGUUGUUACAAUCUUGACACUCAAACCCUUUGUACAAAGUGUAAAUAUAAUCACAUUAAACAGUGCAUUGAUAUUACAAAUUCUAAAUCUACAAAGCCAAACUUGGAUAAUUGUUUGGAUAUUACAAUUACACAUAAGAAAACAAAUAAAGUUAUAGAUUCAUUUAGUGUUAAUUUGACCCCUGAAACUGAUAACAAGGGUAUUACCAAGUUUGUAAAUAACAUUAAAAUAUCAGUUAAAUCAAACCUUGGCGGCACAAUGGAUACUUAUGAUCUAACAAAUACUGACAACACAACAGUAAAUAUGGUUGACAAUCCUGAAAUCAAUUCUACCAAUAAAACCACAGAGUUUAAUCUGAAUGAUUAUUAUAUGGAUCAACCUGAUAAUGAAACUUCCAGUGAAGACGUUAACAGUGAACCGGACAUGAAUUCUGAAGUUAGUGAUUUGUUGGAAUCGGGUAUAAAGUUGCAUGCAUUUAAGAUAAAUAAUAGAGGUGUGAAUUUGCCUUUAUUUUUGAAUAUUGGAAACCCUGAUAGUGUAUAUUCUGGUCAAGGUUUUGUUAGUUCAGAUAGUAUUGGUUUGUUUAAAAUCGCUGUAGUUGAGGCCGUUGAGCCGAAGAAAACACUACUGGACAAGGUUCGUAAUGCGAUACCAUUUGAACUUAAUAACUCAAAUUGCCCCUGUAAAUGCACAAAUCAAAACUCCUGUAAACCUUUUACCACUUCAACUAUUCUUCAGAAUUAUAGAAGUGAUGGUGUUAGUAAUGAUGGUGUUGGUGUAUUUAAUAGUUUAAUAAAAAGUAUAAUGAAAUUUACAGGAAUUCCAUUAUUGAACACGAAUAACACUAAUGUGUCGGAAAUUGUGAAUGAAAAUGUGUGUUUGUUUCACAGAAAUUUGAUUACUGAAGUGGAUAGGAAGAGAUUUGGUAAAGAUGUUUAUUGUAGGAUGAAAUACUUUGGAAGUGUAAGUAGUGAUAAGCCUGUGAGAGUUUUGGACCAUACAUUAACCAUUGGUUCAAGGGUUUCUUCAUUUUUUAACGGCUUGUAUCAACAGCUUCUAUGUGUUUCAGGUGAAGACCCACCUGAAGAUUGUGAACACUUGAAACACAAGUACACAUUUAUUAUUCGUAGUCUCAAGGGAAAACGCUAUGGAAGGAACUUUACUAUAUUAAAUACCACCAGCGGUGAACAUUUAUGUCUCGAUUUACUCACUCAUGAGCUCAGAUUCGCACGCGAAAACCACUUCUCAAAACUCUUUGUGCCCGCUAUUUUUAAGAUUUUGCCACUCAAAACUGUUGUCUCUGGUGUUAUUACUGAUGCAUUUAACUGCUAUUAUACUUAUUACAGAGUCGUAUCAUCAGCAGGUAAACGAUUUAAACUUGCUAACAAGGUGUUUAACUUGGACCAUGAAGAUAAUGAAGAUCAAUCGGAGGUUAAAAGAGAAUUGUUGUGCCCAAAUAACUUAUCCACAACUGAUCAAUUCAUUAAUAUUUCAACUUAA